CGACCCCAGACGUAAAGUGACUCAGCUGUGUCCACUUGAGCAACCACGAUUGUCCACUUUGGAUGUUCACAACCUCGCCACAUGCCUCGCGCUAAUCCGACAUUGGGCACAGCGACUCGUUUUCGAUGUACAGUCUGCCCAAAAGAAUUCUCCCGACGCGAGAACUUGAUAAGGCAUGCCCGCGUCCAUAACCCUAAAAAACUGCACUACUGCUCUGUAUGUGGCAAGCAGUUCACAAGAAGUGAUGUCCGUCAACGCCAUGAAGAGAUCCACAAGUCAAGGCGGACCCCUCCGGCAGCCUCGUCACCACAGUCGGCGGCGAUGCCUGUAGAGGGGCUUCGAAUGAUGACACCAGACAUGAGGACUCCGGGAGCGUUGGGCGAGUUUGAAAGCAAUGUUGGCUCCGCAUCUCGUAGCAUUCAUAGGGCUGAGAUUCCCGUCAGAAGUCCAGCUGAGGACAAUACCAUCCCAGAUCAGCUGUCUAGCUGGAUGUAUCAUUCGGGAAAUCUGGAGAAUAUGUGGUUCGACGAUGACUUGUUGACAGCGCUCAUGGACCCGAUUAUGAUGCCGGGCGUCGACAAUCACUCAGCCGAUACGGCGAUCACAUUACCUAGUACUGCAAGGGCCUACGCCCUGAACACCAAUAUGCCCUCAGAAUCCGAGCCUCAAUCACCUCCCAAUGAAGCAUCUGAGGAGGAUCGAUGGCCUUACAGCUGGGAUCCAGGCUCUCGGCCUAUCACUGCAUGCAAGCCUAUUCAGAUGGAUAAAACGCACCCCCUACGGCAAAAUCACAACACACAAUUCGAUAUCUCCGCCGAGAGAUACAAGGCUCUGAAAUCAUUUCUCCAGCGACCGGCCCGCAAAGGCUUCGACUUUCACACUCUGCCGUUACCGGGAUUGGGGAUAGCAAACGUGUUCAUUCAACUUUUCUUCACGCACUUUGAACAUCAGGUCCCAGUGAUUCAUCGUCCAUCCUUCAAGUCUUCUGAUAACUUGGCAGAUCCAUUAUUAGCAAUCAUGAUUGCCAUAGGAGCGACAUACAGUCAGCUACGACAUUCUUGUCGCUUCUCAAUUGUGUUGAUCGAUGUCGCCAGACUGAGCACACAACUGGCGAUUGAGCUGGACAACAGAAUGAUGCGAGACCCGAUGGUACUCUAUGCGCUGGCGCUAAUAUGCUACUCUGGCAUCUGGUGUGGAAACAAAAGGCUCUUUGAGCUUUGCGAGAGCCUAAGGGGGACGGUUAUUACUUACUGUCGCCAUAUGCAACAAAUGAGGCUCACUCCAAGUACCGCAGGACCUGAGACUUCAGCUAACAACCCGGAUGAGCAGUGGCAUAGGUGGAUAUUGAGGGAGACCAAAAAGAGACUGGCAUGGGUCAUAUACGGUCUCGAUUGUAUCUUUCCAUGCUUGCUCUAUCUUCCAGCCUCAUUUACCCUGGCAGAGUUCAUGAAUAUGGAAUGUCCAUGUGAUGAAGAAUUUUGGCAAGCCGCAACUGCUCAGCGCUGGAAACUUCUGCUUGGAUCAGCCUCCAUACCCCCCACGAGACCUUUUGCUUCGGCCGUCAGCCCGUUCCUCGGGCCACUCAACUUGGGACGACCUCCGGAGACCAACAUCCAUAUGACUCGCUCACCAACCUCAUAUUCGAAUUCCAUUGGACUCAACUGCUGGUCCCGUCACCUUGUACUCAUCACGAUUCAAGUUCAGAUCUUCGAGCUAUCCCAGCAGAUUAUUAUGGUCUCUGAUGCAACCCUGGAUACCGAAAUAUGGCAACCACAAGAUGAAAAAUUAGCCAGCGCACAGUCUUUGGGUAACCCCCCCUUCGAGUCCUCGACGAGCCCAAAAGUCAAAGACCAUUUUGUCCAAUUGGUCACAAGGUGCUCGGGUUCAAAUCCCUCGGGUCCGGUACAAGAAGUUCUAGGGUCGCUCGCAAAACGAAAGGCCCACUUAGAGAGUAUGCUUUUAGCAUGGGAGCAGGCGUUUGCAGUGUCCCCUGCUGCCGACAGUUCGGUGUAUCCGACCUCGAAACACUUCCAAACAACUGCCACCACACAUCUUGAGAUCAGCUAUUUGAUGCUUCAUGUUCCAAUUUCGGAUAUUCAAGACGCGUUGGGGAAGUCGGGACCGGGCAAAGUGAUCCCUGCAAUGGAGAUUAUGCGCCGCUCCCUCGCAGAGCAUCCAGACAUAGUGGCAUCAAUAUUCCGAAAGUGUCUAUCAACAGUGAGCGAGCUACAGUCAAAACUGCUGGAUCACCAUGACAGGUCCAUGAGGAAUAUCAUGGAACCUGCAAGUGUCAUCAGCUGUUUCCUUAGCGGGGUCUAUGCAUGGGCCAUUCUCCGCUCAUCUGAUCGGGAGCAAGUGAUGUUUCUGCAAGAGCAGAUUCCAGGUGUAACUGGUUCCGACGCUUUUUCUGCGACUGUAAAAGAAGUGAUAUCAUGGAAGACCAAUGAGCAAUUGCCUCCGGACCACCUUGGCGCCAGAGCAAACCUUAUUUUACAUGGCGUGGCAGACGUACUUGGAAAGAUGGCACCGUGGAGCGCUUCACUCAAUAUGGCGCUACUAUUGUGUCAUCGUGCAAAGGAGCUUAUGAUUUAUUGA